CAGUGUUUACAAUGAGCAUUUAACGAAAAACAACAUUAUUGGGAUGCAAGUGAUAAGUGUAGCGUGGCUGUGUUCAAUGUGCAAUCUUAUAACAGUAAUCCUCUAGCGUGAUAAUUAUUCAGUAAGAUGUUAAGCAGAUUUUCCGAUGUCCUGCAAUCGGCAGCAGACGUCUUGGCGCCUCCAGCCACCCGCUUGGAAGACUUUGAAUACCACUGGAAGAUGAUAAUAAACUUUUACCAGAACUAUGAUGACAAUAGCAAAGGACACAUAGAAGAUACCAGGAUUCCGCACCACUUACACCAAAUGCUGCAGUUAAUAGUAGAUGAAGAAAAAGAGCAGCAAGGUGGUACUGUCGGCCCUUGCUUAGAGGCGAUAGUUCAGCGCUCCAUCUCACUAUUGGAUGCACUGGCGGCGUUGGCGGCGUCGGACCGACCACCGGGCGCUAGGGCUCUGGCGUUGGGAGCUGCGUCAGCGUUGCUGCGCCGCACACGACAGCCGUGCGUCAAUAGCGCUCAUGUCUACCGGCCUUUACAGCGUAUGCUCAUACAAUGCAACGAGAGCCCCGCUUCCCCAACUGAAAAGGAAGAGGUCGAAUUACUCCUAACGCUCUGCGGCCUAGUACGCAAAGAGCCCGGCUUGGCUAACAUCUUCACAACACCGUUCGUCGAAGACAAAUCCAGCUUACUCAGCACACCGGAGGAUAUACAGAAGUUGAUACCAAUUAAAAGUAAAGUUCAGACGCCAAAGAAGAAUCCAUUAUUCGAAGUGGAAUUACCGCCGAAUCCUUUAAGAAAUGUUUCUAUAAUAAGGGCGACGGGGGACUGUAAUAGCAGUUGUUCGGCGGACGACAACGCGUCGUGCAAAAGCCAUAAGACCGUGUAUGACGAUAAUGACAAGUUUCUGUUGAUAGAUUUGCUGUUGUCAUAUUUGAAUAGCGCUGACAACCAAGUAGUCUUAAGAGCCUGUGAAGGCAUCAUGAUAGUGUCGUCCCUCCCAGACGAUGACAUCGCCAAUCUAGUGACGACCUGUAGUCCCGCUUGUGAGCUGAUUAUCGAUAAAUUGGCUGACAAAUAUAAGGCCAUACCGGCCAACGUUGACCCUAACGAUAUCGACCAUUUGAACAUCACGUGGGCGUAUGUAGCACAGGACUUCGGCGACAAAGACUACAACAAAUUCCACGGCUACAGAGAACUCACGGGCUUCUUCUCCUGGCUCGACUACUGUGAUACUCUAAUGAAGGAAUGCCACCCCACGAUAUCCGCGCACCUCUCCCGCACGUUCCGACAGAACUUUCUAGAAGGGGCCGCGGAGGCGGGACUGUCAGACGCCCUCAGAGCCCUAAGGGUCACCGCCGUGCUCAGCAAGUGUCUCAAGCUGGUCGACUCCACGGACCUCGCGCUAGAGUUCUCCAACUGGCUAGUGGGCGACGGUGAGCUGUCAGAAUGGCCGCUACUCCACACGCUCAUUACAAACUGUCUCACCGACAACCACGACCUCACGCUGGAGACACUGAGGUUCUUUGAGACAAUUGUAGAGAAAGGCACCGAGCACAGCAUCCACAGACUAGUUUUGUCCCGCGUGUGUUCCCGCGGCUACGUGGCCCCACCCCCUCCCGACGACGACGAGCGAGACAGACUCAACGACGUGUCACUGUGGCGGGAGCGAGAGAGGAACAGGGAAGCGAUGAAGCAGCUGCAGCACGAGGACCACGUGAACGAGCAGAUCAGCGACAUCCUGCAGCACGAGGGGCUGCAGCCCGAGCCCCAAGACUCCGAGAACAUACACAGGGUUAUCAAUAGCUUCCUGCUGCUGCUGCCGGGCGCCAUCUUGUCGGACCCGGUCGGCGCCGACUAUGAGCAUUACAUACACGAUGCGCAUAGGCAUUAUCAGUUCUGGCUGGACGUAACGUCCACGUUCAACUGGCCGACGGACGCCUACGCCGACAACACGGCUUCCUCCACCCACAGCUACGACAGCCGCCCCGAGGCGGACUUACACCUCGACGACGUCUUCCAACACAAGGACGCUUGCCACAAGUGCGAACGAAACAACGAAUGUUUCAGCCAAAGACUAAUACUAAGAAGCCAAGAUUUAAACACAAACGAAGAGGAAGAUUUCGACGAAGGACCGUUCUUCAGAAUGCUGUUCAAACUACUCUCAAACAUGCCUAACCAACCCUACCAGUUAAACCUACACCUCACAUCAAUAAUAUCUAAGCUAGCUUUACUCCCACACCCGAAUUUACACGAGUACUUCCUUAAUCCCAUGUUACCAACUUCUAAAAAAACGGUCACGUUGUUUAAAACGCUGCAGGAGUUAGCGAAGCGGCUGACCAUGGAGAUACCGAGAUUGAGGAAUUAUAAGAAGGUGAUAGAGAAUACCAGGCUGCAUUUGAUGAGUGAAGAUCCUAUAUUUGAUGAAAGCUGCGACCACAACCAACUGGUGGAAAGCCUAAUAGUCCUAGAAGAAUUUUGCAAAGAGCUCGCGGCCAUCGCCUUCGUAAAGUACCAGCACGCUCACGUCAACAGAUAAGACUACGUGCACAUCUGCUUCUAUGUCAUGGAAUCACGGACCAAAGGGCGAAUGUCUGCUUCUAUGUCAUGGAAUCACGGACCAAAGGGUGAAUGUCUGCUUCUAUGUCAUGGAAUCACGGACCAAAGGGUGAAUGUGUGCUUCUAUGUCAUGGAAUCACGGACCGAAGGGUGAAUGUUCGGCGUUUAGAAGCGAAAUACAAUCGAAAGUUGGACCGGUCAAAAUAAUUUAUUAAGCUAUAUAAAGUGUAAUUUGUGUAAAAAAAUUCAUUCAAAAAAUCAAUUUGAAAAAGUCAUAUAUCGAUUAAAUACAGCACAGGCACUGCGUGUGCUGUUAAAAUCUCUGCAGAUUUUUCUUGGUCUAACUCUAGUUAUAAGACAUAGGGCUUAUUAUAAUAUUCACUGAAAUAUUCGCUAUUCACUUUUUAUGUACCAAAAGUUAGCUGAGUUUACAUUCGAUAAGUUAUUAUUUACGCACGUUUUUUAUAAUGGUGGUAUUAAAUAACGACGCUAAAACGCAGUUUUUACGCUCGAAGAUUCGCCCCAAAACUGGUAAACUAAGGAUGGUUUUGGUUGUUUAUUGCAUAUAAAAUAGGUACAGUUUAUGCCUUAUGUUUCUGUCAUUAGAGCUGUGGUCAAUAUACUUAUGGAUCGUUUUCUGAUUGACAAAUAUGUAAAGUUGUAAUGUAAUAUGGCUUUUAUUAGCAGGUGGUUUAAAUACACUACGAACUAAUUUAGAUAGGUAUGUGGCAGGCAAUAAAGUUCUGUCUCUUUCGCUCUUAUACAGACAGUAAGAGACGGAUGAUUUAAUCAGCAAUAUAUAAUCAAAAUUGGAUUGAUCCUAUCGACUGCGCCAAGUAUUUUGUUU